AAGAGUUAAGCGUUGUGCGAGUAUAUGAAUUGGUAAAAACAAACCGAGGACUUCUUGCUUGCAGCAGAACGGCGUUUGUGUUAACGCACUGAUAUCUGUAACGCCAUAAACAUCAAUUGGUUUCAUUUCGUAUAUUGCAACACGCGAACGCUAUUUACUCUGUCUACACAUAAUGGUGCAAUGUAGCGGAUGUAAUUUGCCAAUAUCCGACAAAUACUUGUUAAAAGCCUUAGAUUGUAUGUGGCAUACAAAAUGCUUGCAAUGCGACGAGUGUAAACUACAGUUGACUGAGAAGUGCUAUUCAAGAGAGGGGAAAUUGUAUUGCGCCAAAGAUUUCUAUAGGCGUUACGGCACAAAAUGCUCUGGAUGUGAUGAGGGUAUCUUGCCAACUAACUUGGUGAGACGAGCGAAAGGAAUGGUUUUUCAUGUUCAAUGCUUUCACUGCUCUGUCUGCAUGAAAGAAAUUACAACUGGUGACAAACUGUACCAUGUUGGAGGAACAAAAUUUGUUUGUGAAGAAGAUUAUGAUGUUCAAAUUCAGGAGAUAGAAAAUGGUGGAUCGCCAUCAGUGAAAGUUGAGACUGAAACAGAAGAAAUAUUGAAAGAUGAAGAUGAUUCUGCAAUUGAAGAGGAAGGCGAAAACGGUCCAAACGGAAAACGUCGUGGUCCAAGAACCACAAUUAAAGCAAAACAACUCGAAAUCCUCAAGGCUGCAUUUUCUGCCACACCAAAGCCAACAAGGCAUAUGAGAGAGAAACUUGCUCAAGACACUGGAUUAUCGAUGCGAGUUAUUCAAGUUUGGUUUCAGAACAGACGCUCGAAAGAGAGACGUUUAAAUAACAGCGGACUAAAUGGACAACAAAACCGUAAUAAAUCUAGAACACCACGAAAGCUAUCAGAAAAUCACGACUUGCUCGAAGGGAUGGUUGGCGCCUUAUUAGAUUCACAAGGUGGACUAAAUGCAUCGGUGGAUUUGCUUGGAAACGGCGACUACUACAACAACGCAGGAAUUUAUCCCCAAUACGAAAGCAGACAGUUCGACGUCCAUCAACGCCUGGAUGGAGGUCUAGCGAUGAACAGUAAUAUAACGACAGAUAACAGCUAUUCAAACAUUCUUCGUCAGCAUGCCAACCCACCGUACAUGAAGUUUUCUCAACAUGCAACCCUGCAUCAUUCGCCAAUACAGAAUGCCAGCCAAGAGAGUGGAUUUUACCAAAACAAUACUUAUUCAUACGAAGCUAAUGCACUCAAUCUUCAUAUGAAUAGCGUACCAGCAAUGUGUGCUAAAGUAUCGUCCUGGUUCUUGCAUGAUAAUGAUCUGGAUAAAAACGAGCCGCUGUCCUCUCUUUAGAAAAACUCAACUGGAGAAAUAUUUGAUGUGAUACUUUCAUUGUUGCAUAAUUAUAUUGUACUUUGCUGAAAAAGCCUGCGCGUAUUUCGUUCAGUUUUACGCAAAAAAUAAAUUUCAAGUGUGAAAAUAUGAAUGCAAAAAUGUAUAUAGAACAAGACAUAGUAUAUUACAAUAGUGAAAUUACGUAAUUAAAAUCUUAAAUGAAAUACUACAAUAUA